CUAGUCAACAGUGGGAUGCAGCAGCCCACAAAAACCCAAUGCAAUUCUGGGCUUCAACAACAGGGGCAUAGUGUCCCAACUGAGGGAAGUCUUGUGUCACUCUAUUCUGCAUUGGUCAGACCUCACCUGGAAUACAGUGUCCAUUUCUGGACACCACCAUUCAAGAAGGGUAUUGACAGGCUGGAACAUGUCCUGCGAAAGCCUCAAGGAAUAGGUUCGCCUAGCGUCUACCAUGCUGUGAUAGUUAUAUUUUUGGAAUUUUUUGCUUGGGGACUCCUGACAGCACCUACUUUAGUGGUUCUGCAUGAAACCUUCCCAAAGCACACAUUUUUAAUGAAUGGCCUAAUACAAGGAGUAAAGGGCUUAUUGUCUUUCCUGAGCGCCCCCUUGAUUGGAGCUCUGUCUGAUGUUUGGGGCCGAAAAUCCUUCUUGCUGCUAACAGUAUUUUUUACCUGUGCACCAAUUCCACUUAUGAAGAUCAGCCCAUGGUGGUACUUUGCUGUUAUCUCUGUCUCCGGAGUCUUUGCGGUGACCUUUUCAGUGGUGUUUGCCUAUGUAGCAGAUAUAACCCAAGAACACGAACGAAGCAUGGCCUAUGGCUUGGUUUCAGCAACAUUUGCUGCAAGUUUAGUUACCAGCCCUGCCAUUGGUGCCUACCUUGGUCGAGUAUAUGGAGACAGUCUGGUGGUGGUCUUAGCUACAGCUAUUGCAUUAUUGGAUAUUUGUUUUAUCCUUGUUGCUGUACCUGAAUCAUUGCCAGAAAAGAUGAGGCCUGCGUCAUGGGGAGCACCCAUUUCUUGGGAACAAGCUGACCCUUUUGCGUCACUGAAGAAAGUUGGCCAGGAUUCCAUAGUGCUGCUAAUCUGCAUAACAGUCUUUCUCUCAUACCUCCCUGAGGCAGGCCAAUAUUCCAGCUUCUUCUUGUACCUCAGACAAAUAAUGAGAUUCUCACCAGAAAGUGUUGCAGCAUUUAUAGCAGUCCUUGGGAUUCUCUCCAUCGUUGCUCAGACAAUAGUUUUGAGUUUACUUAUGAGAUCAAUUGGAAAUAAGAAUACCAUCCUGUUGGGUCUGGGAUUUCAAAUACUACAGCUGGCAUGGUAUGGCUUUGGCUCAGAACCUUGGAUGAUGUGGGCAGCAGGUGCUGUGGCAGCCAUGUCUAGCAUAACGUUUCCAGCUGUUAGUGCACUUGUUUCACGGACUGCUGAUGCUGAUCAACAGGGUGUUGUUCAAGGAAUGAUAACAGGAAUUAGAGGACUCUGUAAUGGCUUGGGACCAGCACUUUAUGGUUUUAUAUUCUACAUUUUCCAUGUAGAACUGAAUGAACUUCCAGUGACUCAGAAUGACCUGGGAGAUAACAUAGCCACACACCAUUCACAACAGAACUCUAUCAUUCCUGGUCCUCCAUUUUUAUUUGGAGCCUGUUCUGUAUUACUGGCUCUACUUGUUGCCUUGUUUAUUCCGGAACACACCAACUUAAAUGUUCGCUCUAGCAACUGGAAAAAACACUGUGGUGGACAUGGCCACCCACACAGUCCACAAGCUCCUGGGGAGGCCAAAGAACCUUUAUUACAAGACACAAAUGUAUGACAACAAAACUCAAGGACUCCUAGAGCGAGUUUCUUACUUUUCUUCUUUUUCACCUGCAGUUCUGGAUGCACAUUCCAUUUCCAUUGAAAGUGUCAUUUCUUAAGGUGGACUUAAGAAAUUUAUCUCUUUGCAUGAAAAUUGUAAGAACCACAGAAAGGAAGUGGAAAAUCCUCCAAAGAAGUUACAACUUAAGUUAUUUAAUUUUUUAAAAACCUCUUAUUUAGGAUUUUUUGCCAUAAAAUCCUAAGGAAUAUUAAACCUUUACAUCUUAAUUUUGAAACAAGAUUAUAUAUAUUGAAGGUAUCGGCAUGUGUUCCUGCAUCAGUUUCCUGGAGGUGUUAAGCUUUAUUCUCUUCAUGCUGGUCUCAGUGAGACAUACUAGCAGGACUUGGGUACCCAUUUAUUUUAUCCGUAAAUCUUGGGUCAAAUGAAUUUGAAGCCUUAACAUAGAUGCACUUGACCAAGAAAGGUGAAUUUGGUUGACCUUGGACUUUCCAAUCAGUGUCUGGCAGGUCUUUUUUUUAUUAUUAUUAUUAACACAAUCAUGUGUUGUACACACAUCCUGAACAGUACACACUCCUUUAAGUGCAUUAUUCUGCUGAUUCUUUGUUCUUUGAAUUAAGUCUAGUAUCAGUAUGUAGUACUUAAAUUAGUGGGUAGUGUGAGCCUAGAUUUUAUUACUGGCUCCAAAACUCUACCUUCGUAAAUACAAUUUGAUACCACUAUGCUUUGGAUGUUUUGCAUAAGGACCUCAAAACUUGAAUAUACAAACUCAACUCUAAGCUGAUAGCCUUGAAGAUGUCAAUGUGCUCUAUAAUGGAUUGCCCCUUCUAGUACUGGUCAGGAUCACUGCCUAUUUAUCUAGUAUGGAACUGAGGACAAAUAAUAGUUGAUCUGCCAUUUUUGAAUGAUGUGUUUAGGUUCAGAGAUGCUUGGUAAAUAGCCUUGUCUGGUAAUUGAAGUGGCAAUCCUUGUUCUAUAGUGGCCUUUCAGGACUGUCACAAGUAACACUUCAGAGCCAAGGGUUAGUCCUGCAGCUUCAGGACCACAGUACUGGAGAGAGCUUUAUACAAUUACUGAUGUGAAUUUCUCUAAAAGUGUAUAUUUUUGUGUCCAGUUGUAUUAUUUAAGUGUUCCUUUGUAUAAAAUGUGUAUAAAGUAUUGUAUAGUUCAAAAUGUUUUCAUCUUGUGCUGUGGUUAUUGCUUAAGCUUUUUUAACUUUCACCACGGUUAACUAAAAAGCUGGAAAAUAAUGUAAACACUUAAUAAAGUUGCAUAUUUUAGUGAUUUUUAAAAAUUAGUUCUUUGAAGCAGGGCUAUAGAGCAGUGUAUGUGUAUAUGAAUACUUUUUAACUGCUUUGUUGUAACCAUACUUUUUUUUUAUCUGUUCUAGGUUUUUGUAUGUCCCUUUUUUUUAAGUAAAAGACGAGCCAUGAGCCUUUAUUUAUCUUUGGCACGGUCCGCCAGGAACAGCUGAAAUAACCCCACAUUUGCUUAGUUUUUCUUUAGUCCUAGCUCUUGUUAAGGAGCAGACACUAUAAAGUGCUGAGAUGACAAUGGAGAGCAGCAGUUAUUUCUGAUCUUAAAAGGUAGUGCUUUGUCAAGCCACUGAGUUUCCAAAGGGCAAAUGUAUUUGAAACCCACAUCUCCAUUAUAGAAGAAACACCUUAUGCUAAGCCAUUCAAUUUCAGAAAAAAGCAUGUCUAAGAAUGGGGGUGUUUUGCAGCAGUAUCUGUUCUUUAGACAUUUCAUGCUAGGCAGGUCAGAGUUUAACACAAAAUCAGAAAUCAGUAAAAAAAACCUAGGACUUGGAAGGCUCCUGUAAAGAAACUAGACAAAAUCCUGAAGUGUAAAGGUAUAUAAUUGAAUUCUGUAGUUAUGAUUGUCCAUGUCAUUGUAUUUCUCAUUUUUGUGUAUGGUUGUGAAGACUGGACAGUGAAGAAAACUGAUAGGAAAAAAAUUACCUCAUUUGAAAUUUGGUGCUGGAGAAGAGAUCUACGGAUACUAUGGACUGCUAAAAAGAGAAAUGAGUCCUAAAGCAAAUCAAGUCUAAACUCUCCCUAGAAACCAAGAUGACUAAACUGAGACUGUUGUACUUUGAACAUAUAAGAAAACUCAUUAUUGAAGACAAUAGUGCUUGGUAAAGUAGAAGUCAGUAGGAAAAGAGGAAGACCACAUUACAGACGGAUAGACUCAAUAAAAAUGUGGCCCAGAGUGCAAGACCUGAGUGGGUUGGCGGUCUCUCAUUCAUAAGGGUCUUCAUAUGUUGAAGUCAACUGGACGGCAGUUAACAAAUUUUUUAAAAGGCUGUUUUAUGCUAAAACUGCUACUUUGUAAUUGUAGUCCUAGGUUUUACCUGUUUCCCAUUAUGCACUUGUUCUUGCACAAAAUUACCAUAAGUCAAAGUCAGCUUGACGGCAAUUAAGAACAACAUCCACAAACUCAAAAAACUAAGUUGUGUUAUGUGUCUUGAAAUUAAUUGUCACGUAUGGCGACCUUAUCAUAGGGUUUUCUUGGCAAGACUUAUGCAAAGGGUUGCCAUUACCUUCCUAUGUAGCUGGCGAGUAUGACUUGCUGUAGAUCCCCAGUGGAUUUUGAGUUGAACUGCUCAGGAAUUAAUAAGAAAUGGACUGAAACAUUCUGAUGAACUGAAUUAUCACCUCUAGAGCAUGAUUGUUCAUCUCAGGUGGCAUGCAGGUGCCUCCUUCCACCAUUUCUCCCCACCACACACAGACCCCUGAAAAGCAGAUUCAAAGGGCUACAGCAUGAGGUCCUGACCAUUUUGUUGCUGGAAGACUGCAAGAGGUGCUUGGAAACUACUACCUGGUUGUAGUUUCCAGCAAAUACAUUCAUUGGAUAUGGGGGAAAGCUAUGUCAGCUUUCCUCUCCAUGCAGCCAUGUGCCUCCUGCUUUGCCCCUAAAUGUGUAGCUCUUUGAAGCAGCUUUUAGGUGAGGGAGGGCACUGCAAAAUAUCUACAUUACAUGAGUACACGGCUCCAAAAGGAUCCUGAAGGUAGUAUAAACUAAUUCAAACAUGAAUAACGCAUCAGGACAUUACAGUUCAAUAGUCACGUUAUCACCCAUGGAAGAUUUUUAGUUUUUCGUUGCUUUUUAAAGUCAGCAACAGAGCAGCCACAAUGCUUAGUGCUAUUCCACUUUUUAAAAAGAGAACAUGCCAAUUUUAAUUUCUGUUUUGUAUCCAUUUGCGCAGAGUUGGGUCUGUUCUGUGUAGAAUGCAGAACACUGAUGCCAAAAUUGUAAGUGCAUUGGAAGAUAAGCCAGUAACUGAACCUUUGAUGUUGUAGGUGAUGACAUUGGGUUCUAUAAGUGUGUUCUAAGUGUAGCUAUUGGACAGAGACGCCAUUGUUCCUUCAAAAGUGUGGUUUCUAUACCUGUUUUUAUUAUGUGCUGUUGCCUCUAAUCCUACCUCCCAUGUUUAAUAAGGCAAGCAUGCUGGUCUCUAGGAAGAAUAAAUAGACAAAAAUCUGACACACUAAUUCAAAGGCAAGUGCUCCCAUCAGUAAUCAGAAAUAAUGGGUGAUUUGUUUUACUCUGCAUCUGCUCCCAACGGGAAAGGAGUACACUGUGCAAAACCACAGCUACCCUUCCCUUGAGACAGAAUGAGAGGCAGAACUGGAUCUAUAUGGCAACACACUCAGUGGUGGGUCAUUUAGCUCCCCUCCCUUAUUUAAAAAAAAACACACCAGAGCAAUAGAUUUAGAUAUAUUUUGUUGUUAUGUGCCUUUGUUUUCUGACUUAAUGGUGACUAACAAACUUAUCACAGGGUUUUCUUGACAAGAUUUGUUCAGAAAGGGUUUGCCUUUGUCUUCCUCAGACAGCUGAGAGUGUAUGACUUGCCCAUGGUCACCAAGUGGGUUUCUGUGAGCUAGCAGGGAUUUAGACUCAUAAUCCAUUGCUCAAACCACUACACUACACCACAAUAGGUUAGAUAUUGUGUUAAAUAGUUAACUUCAUACCAGGAUGUUUCAUACAGAAACAGUUCAGUGAGCAUCCACAUUUGAUAAAGAAAUUGUCAAGGUUGUUUUAAAUCACUAAACUUUUAAGACUGUUAUCAUUGUAGUUGGUUUAAAUUUUUAUGUUACCUGCCCUACCUUGAGAUCUUUAACACAAUGUGGUAUAUAAGUAUUUUAAUAAAAUACAGAGUAAUACA